GGAGGAAUUUGCUUACCGUUUAAUCGCUGUCGCCGAGGCGGCGGAUUGCGCUUUGGCUACCUCCCCGAUCUCUCUCUCCCAUCUCCUUCCGUUUCCAAGCCAAGUCGCGAAGAGGCGGAGAAGCCGGCAGGCUACGCCGCCGCAAGGUCUAGCGCCUCGGGCAAGGGAGGGGGAGGGGGAGGGGGAGCAGGAGGAGGAGGUUGCCCGCCAUGGGGAUGAAAUUUCUGAACAAGAAGGGGUGGCACACGGGGAGCCUCCGCAACGUGGAGAAGGUGUGGGUGGCGGAGCAGAAGGAGAAGGAAGAGCAGCACAAGAUCGAGGAGUACAAGAAGCAGCUCAAGGAGGAGAGGGAGAAGGCUGAGUUCCGCGCCAUCCAGGAACAGGCCGGAUUCAAGCCGAGGCAGGAGAGGUUGGAAUUCCUCUACGAGUCAGGCUUGGGCGUGGGCAAGGGGAGCUCGGAUGGAUUCCAAGCACUGCAGCAACCCGCCCCAGCGGCGGCAGCUGCGGCCUCCUCUUCUGCUCCAACGACUGCUGGCUCUUCCAAGGACACUUCCCUGGGAGCUCUAUUUGAGGAGAAGCCUCAAUCUGCAAAUGACACAUGGAGAAAACUUCACUCUGAUCCCCUACUCCUAAUAAGGCAGCGGGAGCAGGAUGCUAUUGCAAGGAUUAAAAAUAAUCCAAUCAAGAUGGCCGAGAUAAAGAAAUCAAUGGAAGCAGAAAAAAAGCAGAAGGAAGAAAAGAAAGAGAGGAGAAAGCACAAAAAACAUCGUCAUCAUAAGUCAAAGAGUAAGAGGCAUCACUCGGCUGAAAAUUCUGAUUCGGAUGACGUAAGUGAUGGCAAGGACGAAGGGAGAAAGAAAGUUCCUUCUGCUCCCGAGCAUAAGAGGGAAGUGAAAAGGUCAAGGCAUCAGAAGAAAGAAAACAGUCAAGAAUCCUCGGAUACAGAAGAUGAUGAACCAAGGAAAAGAAGGCAUGAGAUUUCAGAAGAUGACCAACCAAAGAGAAGACGACAAGACAAGUCACAAGGUGAUGAACCAAGGAGAAGACGGCGGGAUACGCCAGAAGAUGCUGGACGGCGAAGACAGCGGGAAAAAUCACAAGAUGAUGAACCAAGGAGAAGACGGCGGGAUAUGCCAGAAGAUGAUGAACCAAGGAGAAGACGACGUGAUACGCCAGAAAGGGAUGAACCAAGGAGAAGACGACAGGAUACGCCAGAAGAUGAUGAACCAAGGAGAAGAGGGCGGGAUAUGCCAGACAAUGAUGAGCCAGUGAGAAGGCGGCGGGACAUGCCAGAGGAUGCUGAACCGGUGAGAAGGCGACACGAUAUGCCAGAAGAUGAUGAACCAAUGAGAAGACGUCCGGAGAUGUCCAGGCAUGAUGACCAUCCACGUCGGGAUCGGUCGGAUGCUGAUGAUAGGAGGAGACACAAUUCUGGGUCAGACCGCCAUCAUGCUUAUCCAAAGCAUGACAGCUCAGACUCGAAGCAGAAAAGUAUUGGAAAUGGCCGGAACAAUAGCAAUUCCACUUCUGAACACCGAUCCCACUCUGAAGUCGUUUCAGGAGAUCAAGGAAGACAAGACAGCCAACAGGGUAGGGAACUAGGUACACAAGACCGCCGGAGACCAGAAAGCCAGCAGGGCAGGGAGCUAUGUUCAGAAGACAGGAGAAGACAAGAAAGCCAGCAGGGCAGGAACAAUGGCCCCCUAACUAACCGCCGUCGAGGGGGCGUGCUCCAUAUGUCGGAAGAGGAGAGGGAAGCCCGUCUGCGGCAAAUGCAGGCUGACGCUGAGGUCCAUGAAGAGCAGAGGUGGAAGAGGAUCAAGAAGGCUGCAGACGAGGACGCCAAAGAGGCGUCCACGGUGGCUGCAAACCAGUUUAGAGGGAAGAACUUCUUGGAGGAUGAGAAGAAGAGUAUAUUUGGUGCCGACAAGGGCGGCAGCGCCACCAUCGAAGAGAGCAUCCGCCGCCGCGCUUAUUAUUCUCAGGGUGGCGGUGAUGCCCACGAGGCCAAUGCGUUCAGGCGUUGAAAUCCCUGGUUGCAGCUUUGUCUCUGGUCUUCCUUUUCCGGUCUCAUGUUUGUAUGAUGUACGAUACUUGAAGGAUUUUUAUUGUUAUAUGUACAAUAUACAUGGCUCUCAUUAUUUGGAAUCCAGAAAUUUGUAUUGAAACAGUUAA